GGUUGGCGGGACUUUCAGAAGCCGCGGCAGCCUUGGGGUCGCAGAUAGCUGUCAGCGCUCCAGGCCGGAGAGGAGCGGCGGCGGUGGUACAGGACGUCGAAGCUCGACCCUUGACCGCGAAGAGUGAUUUGCAUGCUCGUAUCUCCGGGACGGAGUUUGCGGGCUGGCCCGGCGUCAUCCGGAAGUCGCAGAUCUCUCCGUGGACGCUGUUUGGCUUAUCCCAGUACCGGCUCCUUGGCAUCAGACCUCUCCGCCCAGCCCAGACCGGUCGCCGCCUCCCAGACAGAGGGGACCGAGGGAUUCAGGGCGUUGCGGCCUUCUCCAGGGAUCUUCAUCCAGGAUGACUACAGUAAUUAGAUCGGAGACCACAGAAGUGCUAGAAGAGGAACCAGUGACAUCUAAGACUCAUGAUCAUCCACUGGAAUCGGAUCCCAUCCCUACGGAAGUGUGUAGCAAAUCACCUGCCUCCCUGGAGAUGACUCAAGGCGUUUCAGAGGAAAGAAUUCACCUUGGCUGUAGCCCUAAAAUGAGGGGAAGUUGUGAUCUUGGCCAGGAGGAAGGACUUCAGUCCAGGUCCCUUCAUUUGUCCCCCCAAGAACAAUCUCCUGAUCGUCAAGACAAAAGUCAAUCUUGGCGGCGAGCAAGUAUGAAGGAAAUGAGCCGGCGGAAGUCACUGCCUGCCUUUCAUCAGGGCAUCACAGAGCUCAGCAGAUCCAUCAGUGGCAACUUAACAGAAAGCAAACGGCUGGUCGCUCUCCUGCUUUCCAGUUUCCAGUUCUCUGUUCGGAAACUUGAGCCUUUCCUAAAGGACACUGAGGGCUUCAGUCUUGAAAGUUUUAGAGCCAAAGCAUCUUCUCUUUCUGAAGAAUUGAAACAUUUUGCAGAGAGCCUGGAAAGUAAUGGAACUCUACAAAAAUGUUUUGAAGAUUCAGAAGGAAAAGCAUCAGAUUUGUCUCUGGAAGCAUCAGUGGCUGAGAUGAAGGAAUACAUAACAAAAUUUUCUUUAGAACGUCAGUCUUGGGAUCAGCUCUUACAGCACUACCAGAAGGAGGCUGAAGAUACCAUAUCCAGAGGAUCAGCUGAAAACAAAGUUACUGAAGUUGAAGUGGAACCUGCAACAUAUCUUGGAUCUUCCCAGAGUGAAGUCCUUAAUACAAAGCCUGACUACCAAAAGAUAUUGCAGAACCAGAACAAAGUCUUCGAUUAUAUGGAGUUGGUGAUGGACGAACUGCAAGGCUCAAUGAAGCAGCUGCAUGCUUUUAUGGAUGAAAGUACCCAGUGUCUCCAGAAGGUGUCAGUACAGCUCGGGAAGAGAAGCACACAACAAUUAGACCCCUCACCAGCUCGAAAACUCCUUAAGCUUCAGCUACGGAACCCACCUACCACACAUUGCUCUAGGUCUUGUCAGUGACUUCAUGUAGUUUUCCUGCACAAGGUGCUCCAGAGGAGAGAAAUCGGAAGAGUGCCCGAGCACGUCGCAACUGCAUGGCAGUCUGAGCUGGUGAUAGCUGCCCUGUUGCCUUUGAGGAUAAUUGGCUGAAUGUAGAGCCCUGCAGUUUGUUUUUUGUUAUUUUUGUUUUUUCAAAAAGUGACAGAAUUUAUGCAUCUGUAAGAGUGUAGCAUAGAUACUUUUUCCAAGAAUGUGCACAAUGCUUGCAACUUCUAUAGUGGAAUGACCUUGAGAACUAGUAGCCCAUUCUUUUAAAUAUCCUUCAUGGUCAGCAGUCUUCAUCUUGUGAAGAUGUUUUUUAGGUUUUGAAACAAUCCAAGCCAUUUAGGACCAAAUCCAGGGAAACAUUUUAGGGGUCAGGUUGGGUUCUGGUAGUAAAGGAAUGGGACUGAUUUUGUAAUGUGGCCCUGAAGGUGAUUUUUGGUAGAGGAAUUUUGAGUGUUGUUUGCAUCAUGUGGAUAAACAUGUAUCACUUUACAUGAUGUCCGAAUUGAAGGAAAUACAUACUCAUUCUCUAUCCUGUUGUCUACAGUGUGUGUUAGUUUUAAUAUUGAGUUGAUAUCCUAUAUCCUGGGUUCAUGGAAGGAAAGGCUAAGGACUGUUUUUCAUUGUUCUCUAUUUUUAAUAAUUUGCACUAUAAAAUUGCAUAUUAUUAAAUGC